AUGCGGUCCAGCUCUUUCGGCAUCGCUUUACUCCCUCUCUGUGCGCAAGUCGCAUCCGCGGCUUUUGGGAUCACAGAUAACGAUGACUCUUAUGUGAUUGACGCUGGCUCUGCUAAUCCGUUGAAGUUUACCGUGGACCGGGGGAGCUGUGAUAUCACGUCGAUCAAUUAUUAUGGUUCUGAACUCCAGUAUUCUGGUAAAGGAUCUCACAUUGGGUCUGGUCUGGGAAGCGCGACGGUAUCUGCUACCCAGAGUGGGGAAUAUAUCAAAGUAACGUGUGAGACGGACACAUUGACACAGUACUUUGUGGUUCACAAUGGCGACUCGGUUAUCCAUAUGGCAACUUAUAUCACCGAAGAACCAUCGAUCGGGGAAUUGAGAUGGAUUGCUCGUCUUGACCCGGACCUCUUGCCUAACGAGGAGCCCUUUGGCGAUGUGUCUACUACCGGUGGUGGUGAGGCCAUCGAAGGUUCGGAUGUGUUCUUGGUCGAUGGAGAAACCCGAAGCAAGUUCUAUUCCAGCGAGCGCUUCAUCGAUGACCAGAGACACUGCGUCUCCGGUGACGACCGCCGUGUCUGCAUGAUCCUGAACCAGUACGAGAGUUCGUCUGGCGGCCCUUUCCACCGCGAUAUUAACACCAACAACGCUGGUGACUCCACCAACCUCUACUGGUACAUGAACUCCGGCCAUGUUACGACCGAGGACUUCCGCGUGGGUCUUCAUGGUCCGUACUCCAUGUACUUCAGUCGUAGCGGGACCCCAAGUACCAAUGUCGACACCUCUUUCUUCGCGGACCUUGAUAUCAAGGGAUAUGUUGCCGAAGCAGACAGAGGAACGGUUACCGGUACUGCGUCGGGGGCUGAUUCCAGCAUUGACUGGGUUGUUCACUGGUACAACGAUGAUGCGCAAUACUGGACAUACACCUCAUCCGAUGGCAGCUUCACUUCUCCGGCCAUGAAGCCAGGAACCUACACCAUGGUGUACUACCAAGGCGAAUACAACGUCGCGGAGACCGAAGUGAAAGUCAGUGCCGGCUCGAGCACAUCGCAGGACAUCUCCGGAUCUGUUACGACCGGAACCACCAUUUUCAAGAUCGGCGAAUGGGAUGGCCAACCUACCGGAUUCCGCAACGCAGAGAACCAGCUCCGCAUGCAUCCCUCCGACUCGCGGAUGUCCGACUGGAGUGCCGGCACAUAUAAAGUUGACAGCUCCGAACUGACCGACUUCCCUAUGGCCAUCUUCGAUGCGGUCAACUCUCCGGUGACGAUUGAGUUCGCGGCUUCUUCGUCUCAGACCGGCGCUGCGACGCUGCGCAUUGGAACUACGCUUUCUUUUGCUGGAGGUCGUCCUCAAGCUACUGUCAAUGAUUACACCGGUGACGCCCCCUCCGCCCCGACAAACCUCAACUCCCGUGGAGUCACUCGCGGUGCGUACCGCGGCUACGGAGACGUAUACGAUGUUUCAAUCCCCGAGGGGACCAUUGUUGAGGGUACCAACACGAUCAAAAUCAGUGUCAUUUCCGGAAGUUCCGGGGACAAGUUCCUCAGCCCCAACUUCGUCUUCGACUGUGUUGAACUUUUCCAGUGA